AUGAAAUCAAUCUCCAUCUGCAACCCCAAAUCCAUAUCUGCUACUAUUGCUUUUGCAUUACAAUCGUUGCUACAAUUUCAUCAUCAAUGCCACCCAACUCCCCUUCAAUCACACUCACCGAAUACACUACUUGAUGAAUUCACUGCCUCCUGUUAUCGCAAAGACCUCCCGGCUGCCAUGAAAGCUUUGUCUUUCAUGCAAAAGCACCAAAUUUGGGCCGAUUCCGUCACAUAUUCUGAACUCAUUAAGUGUUGUCUCGCUCGUGGCGCCAUCCAAGAAGCCAAACUAGUCCAUAAACACGUUUUCUCUAAUGGGUACAACCCCAAAACUUUCUUGAUUAAUACUCUCAUGAAUAUGUACGCCAAAUUUAACUUAUUAAACGAAGCACAGGAACUGUUCGAUGAAAUGCCUGAGAGAAACGUAGUCUCUUGGACCACCAUGAUAGGUGCUUUCUCUAAUGCAAAAAUGAACGACAAAGCUAUGGAGUUCUUGAUUCUUAUGAUAAGAAACGGAAUUCGCCCCAACAUGUUUACUUAUUCUUCUGUUUUGGGAUCCUGCAAUGGCUUACCCAUACUCAAGCAAAUCCAUUGCAGCAUAACUAAAGCUGGUUUGGAAUCUGACGUAUAUGUCAGAAGUGCACUCAUUGGUAAAUAUUCCAAAUGGGGUGAACUCCAAAACGCAUUAACCACUUUCAACGAAAUGGAAACAAGUGAUUUAAUCGUCUGGAACACAAUAAUCGGUGCAUUCGCUCAAAACAACAAUGGAGAUGAAGCUUUGAAUCUCUUCAAACGAAUGAAGAAAUCCGGAUUCAUGUCAGAUCAAGCAACAUUAACCAGUGUCUUAAGGGCUGUCACAGGGAUGGCUUUAUUAGAACUUGGAAGACAAGUCCAUGUUCAUGUCCUCAAGUACAACAACCAAGACUUGAUUCUUGGAAACGCGCUUCUUGACAUGUAUUGCAAGUGUGGAAGCAUGGAAGAUGCAAGAUUUGAGUUUACAAAAAUGGUGGAAAAAGAUGUAAUCUCAUGGAGCACAAUGAUAAAUGGUCUAGCACAAAACGGUUUCAGCCAUGAAGCUUUGAAAAUGUUUCAAACCAUGGAAGCUUCCGGAAGCAAACCUAACUACAUCACAAUGGUUGGAAUCCUAUUUGCUUGUAGCCAUGCGGGAUUAGUGGAAAAGGGUCGAUUUUACUUUGAAAAAAUGGAAAGUAUUUAUGGGAUUAAACCAGGAAGAGAGCAUUAUGGUUGCAUGGUUGACCUACUUGGAAGAGCCGGUCAACUCAAUGAGGCUGUAAAAUUGAUACACACCAUGGAGCCGGGACCCGAUGUGGUGACGUGGCGGACUCUGCUCAGUGCAUGUGGGAUGCACCGGGACACAGGGUUAGCCGCGUAUGCGGCUAACCGAGUCCUGGAACUUGACCCUGAGGAUUCGGGUACAUAUAGUUUGCUAUCAAACAUAUACGCGAAUACUCAAAGGUGGGAAGAUGUGGAAAAGGUGAGGAAAACAAUGAGGGGUAAAAACGUAAAAAAGGAACCCGGGUGUAGUUGGAUUGAAGUGAAUAAAGAGAUUCAUGCGUUUAUAGUGAGGGAUGAUUCGCAUCCAGAGAUAGAAAAGAUUAUGAGAGAGGUGAAUUGUUAUGUUAAGAGGUUAAGAGAAGUGGGAUAUGUUCAUGAUACGAGUUUUGUGUUGCAAGAUGUUGAAGGGGAACAAAUGGAAGAUCCUUUGUUGUGUCAUAGUGAAAAGUUGGCGAUUGUUUAUGGUUUAAUGGUUUUGGUUAAGGGAAAGACUAUUAGGAUUAGGAAAAAUAUUAGAAUUUGUGGAGAUUGUCAUCUUUUUGCUAAACUUUUGGCGAAAAUGGAGAAUAGGAAUAUAGUUAUUAGAGAUCCGAUUCGUUAUCAUCACUUUCAAGGAGGAGUUUGCUCUUGUGGGGAUUAUUGGUAG